UUGUGAUCACUGUGUCCUGGGCUAUAGGCCUCUUUUUACGGUUGUCUGCAGCUAAACGGAGAAAUGCCAGUAGACGAAGACGUUUACGACACCUGGGAGCAAUAAUUAACGAUUUGAUGACGAGUCAUCCUACAUACUGUAGACUGGAUUACAAGAUGCCCAUCCUGCGUCUGUGGUUCAAUGUAGAGUCAGAGUUGAAACGGGACUUUCGCCUCAGCAGAAGGGCUAUGGAUAGUGUGCAGAGACUGCUACAAACAGAACAGGACCAUGGCUGGGGUAGUCAGCUAGAAGUCAUUGUCUAUGUCUACUGGCUGGCUCAUGGACUGUCUUAUACCGUUGUCUCCAGAGUUUUCAAUAUACCCAAAUCCACAGUUCACCGCAUUGUCCACAAAGUAGGAAAUAAGAUCUGCACCAAUCUGCACCGUGCCAUCUCUUUCCCCAAGACUGGAGAGCUGCAUGCAGUCGGCCAAGGAUUUGCCCAACUUUCAGGGAGCCCUGCAUUCAGCAAUGUUGUGGGUGCAAUAGACGGAAGCCACAUACGGAUUAAGCUACCAGCACGGCACAGAAUAGACUAUUUGAAUUACAAAGGAUUCUAUUCAAUUAACAUGCAGGCAAUAUGUGAUUCCAGUGGAAAGUUUUUGGACAUCUUAGUUGGCUACCCGGGGUCAGUUCACGACACACGAGUCAUGAAAAACAGCAGGUUUUAUACAGCAAGACGGUACCCUCCACCAGGCUACAUUCUCCUAGGAGAUGGUGGCUAUCCAUGUUUGGACACACCUAUCUGCCUCAUUACACCAUACAAGGAGCCAGUUACUGGACCAAUACAGGGGCGCUUCAAUCAUUACCAUGCCAAGGGCCACAGCAUAAUCGAAAGGGCUUUUGGCGUAAUGAAGAGCAGGUGGAGGUGUACUCUUUUCAAAGCCCUGGAGAUUAAACCAAUCUUUGCACCUCAGGUCAUUGCAUCCUGUGCCUUUCUGCACAACAUCUGUCUGGAGAAUGGGGACCUGCUGGAGCCAGAUGACGAUGUGGUACAGGACCUGCUAGAUCCCCAAGCUCCCCGGGGGCCCCUAGCAGCUAAUGAGACAUCUGGAAAUGCAUCAAGGGACAGACUGGCUGCCCAGCUGUGA